GGUAAAAAUUCCUGCAUUUAAAUCUUUGAGCAGUAUGGAUGGGAUGAUUUUUUUAAUGAUGUAGUUCUAGAAAUAAAUUUUUGGGUAGGAGGUGCAUGAGCACUAAGUAUUGCAUGUGUGACACUGGCGUACUUCCUUCUGUCGUCUGUACCUCUGCCCAUCUGGUGUUUUUGUUUGUUUUUUUUUUCCUUCAGAUUUCCGCCUCUUUCCCAGAACAGCCAAAAAUGACCAAGUCCCUGACACCAGUGUCGUUCAAGGACGUUACUGUGGAAUUCAGCAGGGACGAGUGGCGGCAACUGGACCUCACUCAGAAAAGCCUGUACAGGGAUGUGAUGCUGGAAAACUAUUUCAACUUGAUCUCAGUGGGAUGUCACAUUUCCAAACCAGAAGUUAUCUUCAGCUUGGAGCAAGGAGAAGAGCCAUGUAUGUUGGAUGGUGGGAUCUCUAGUCAGAAAUGCCCAGAUGGGGAUACUGGUCUUGAAUCUUUACAACAGGGAAUGUCUGAAGUGUAUUUCCAAUCUGAGAGAAUUAAUCUCUUCACAAGAGAUGACCCAUAUUUCAUUUUAGAAGAAUUGCAGAAAGAUGAUGAACAGACAGGAAGAUAUCAGAAAAACCAGAAGAAAACUAUAUGCCACAAUGCCUUCAUCAACAAGGAAACACUAGCUAAUGAAAGGGGCUGUGAAUAUAAGGACAUUGGAAAGAUCGUUCAUGUAAAUACACACCUUGUUUCCUCAAGAAAAGGACUCCAUAACUAUAACUCAUUAGGAAAAAGUUUAGAGCCUAUUGUAAGCUUAUAUGAUUAUAAUAGAAACAAUGCAACAGAAAAUCUUGAUAAGAUUAUCGGAUAUGAUGAUGUUUUUACUCAUCUGAAAUCUACACAAGUAAAUGUUUGUGAAAGUAAUGAAUGUGGGGAACUUCUGAGUCAUAAGCAGGCUCUCAUUCAACAUCAGAAAGUUCAUCCUGGUGAGAAUCUCUGUUUGUUUUCUGACUAUGCUAAAGUUUUCUCCCAGAAGUCACACCUCUUUGCACAUCAGAGUGUUUACACUAAAGAAAAACAGCAUGAAUGCAGCGAAUGUGAGGCGGUUUUCCCUCAGAAACCCCAACUUGCUGCAAAUAAGAGGGUUUAUGCAGGAGAGAAACCACAUAUAUGCACUGAAUAUGGGAAGGAUUUUCCCCUCAAGUCAAGCCAUCAGAAAAUUGGUAAUGAGGAGAGUUACUAUAAAUGUCAUGAAUAUGGAAGAGCCUUUAUCCAGAAGUCGGAGUUGUUCAGAGGCCAGAGAAUUCACGCUGGAGAAAAACCCCAUGAAUAUAGUGAAUGUGGUCAAAACUUUUCUCAGAAUUCAAGCCUCAAUAUACGUAAAAAAAUUCAUACUGGAGGAAAACACUUUGAAUGUCCUGAAUGUGGAAAAGCCUUCACAAGGAAAUCGACACUAAGUAUGCAUCAGAAAAUUCAUACAGGGGAAAAGCCCUAUGUAUGUACUGAAUGUGGGAAGGCCUUUAUCCGCAAAUCACAUUUUAUCACACAUGAAAGAAUUCACACUGGAGAGAAACCCUACGAAUGCAGUGACUGUGGGAAAUCCUUUAUUAAAAAGUCACAGCUCCAUGUGCAUCAGCGAGUUCACACAGGAGAGAAUCCCUUUAUAUGUUCAGAAUGUGGGAAGGUUUUCACUCACAAGACAAAUCUCAUUAUACACCAGAAAAUUCAUACUGGAGAAAGACCCUAUAUGUGCACUGAAUGUGGGAAGGCCUUUACUGACAGGUCAAAUCUCAUUAAGCACCAAAAAAUUCAUACUGGCGAGAAACCCUAUAAAUGCAGUGACUGUGGGAAAUCAUUCACAUGGAAGUCCCGGCUCAGGAUACAUCAGAAAUGUCAUACUGGAGAGAGACAUUUUGAAUGCAGUGAAUGUGGGAAAGCAUUCAUUCAGAAGUCAACACUAAGUAUGCACCAGAGGAUUCAUCGAGGAGAAAAACCCUACGUUUGCACUGAAUGUGGGAAGGCCUUCUUCCACAAAUCACAUUUUAUUACUCAUGAGAGGAUUCACACUGGAGAAAAACCCUAUGAGUGCAGUGAUUGUGGGAAAUCCUUCACUAAGAAAUCACAACUCCAUGUACAUCAGCAAAUUCACACGGGAGAAAAACCCUACAGAUGUGCUGAAUGUGGAAAGGCUUUCACUGACCGGUCCAAUCUCUUUACGCACCAGAAAAUUCACACUGGAGAGAAACCUUAUAAAUGUAGUGACUGUGGAAAAGCCUUUACUCGAAAGUCUGGCCUGCAUAUACACCUGCAGUCCCAUACUGGAGAAAGACAUUAUGAGUGCCAUGAAUGUGGGAAAGCCUUUGCAAGAAAAUCAACACUAAUUAUGCAUCAGAGAAUUCACACAGGAGAAAAGCCCUAUAUUUGUACAGAAUGUGGGAAGUCCUUCAUCCAGAAGUCACACUUGAAUAGACAUAGGAGGAUUCAUACGGGAGAGAAACCCUAUGUAUGCAGUGACUGUGGAAAGUCUUUCAUUAAGAAGUCACAGCUCCAUGAGCAUCAUCGAAUUCACACUGGAGAGAAACCAUAUAUGUGUGCUGAAUGUGGAAAGGCCUUCACCAUCAGAUCCAAUCUCAUUAAACACCAGAAAAUUCAUACUAAACAGAAGCUCUAUAAAUGCAGUGACUUUGGGAAAGCCUUAAACUGGAAGCCGCAACUCAGCACACAUCAGAAAACCGACACUGGGGAAGUAGAAUACCCAAUGCCACAAGUAUGGUGUGGGGACGCAGGAGGUGACCAAGACCAGUGUUCUUCUAUUUAGUCAGAAUUUUGAAGCUCUGGAUCACAAAACUGAUAUCCAGUUACACAUAUGCAUAGGUACUUUGGAGAAAAUGUCUAAGCAAUGUGUAUUGGCUAUUCUUUGUUACUUGGCAACUACUAGAAUUGUCAGCCCCCUGCAAAUAAUAUUAAAUGUGCAAGAUGACUUGCAGUCUUCCUUGUUUCACUUUUUUGGUAAACAGUUUUAUAAAUUUAGGGCUGUUGAGUUUUUUGUACCCUGGGUACCAAAACUAUACAAUAUUGACCAAAAAAGUUUUUAUAAAAAGUGGAAUAGUGAGAAAUUUUACAUUGUCUAAGCACCCUGAGGACAUUGAAUUCAAGGCAAUUCAGGUCUAUAAUGAAAAGAAACCAGACGCUCUUGUGAUAAUUAACACUAAAGACACAAAGGACUCUACUUUUUUUCCUAUUGUUUGGGAAGUUACUAUUAUUUAUGGUUUUAUAGUAUUUAUUGGUGGACGCUGUUGCAGGUAUCCAAUGCGUCUGAAAUUGCUCUUGGACUAUUUCCCAAAAGUGAUUAAUGAUGUAAACAUCAGUCCCAUAACUACUUGUCACCUCAGACUGACCAGGGAACCAGAUCUAGAUGACCGCACUUUGAAUCCUCAGCUUGAUCCAGAGAAACCUGUACAUUUUUACUGAUUCCUAUUUGGAGAAAAAGACAAGUUAACAAAAUGGGCUUCAAAAUCUAAAAUAGUUUUCUUCUAAUUGGGUUAGUACAUUCUCUACAUGUUCGCUACAUGCUAGAUUAUCGUGAGAUAAAAGUGUCUUGCAUUUUAGUUUGUUUUUGUAUUAGACAAAAUGGAGUUAAACAUUGGGAAGAGUAUUUCUCCUAUUGCCUCCCAAUCUCUUCAAAUUAACGUUAUUUAAUUGUGUUUUUUAAAUCCUCUAUAUUCUGAUAGACUUUUUUUGCCUUUUGUUCUAUCAGAUACUGAAAGAAGUAUGUUAUCAUCUUAGAGAUUAAUUGUGAAUGUAUCUCCUUUAGAGCUAUGGAUCUUUGCUUGAUACAUUUUGAGUCUUCGAUUUUAUAUACAAAUUUAGAUUUGUUAUCUUCCUGGUUAAUUGGAGCUAUCAUUAUGAAAUGUCUGUUUUUAUCUCUAGUUAUGCUUUUUGCUUUAACAUUUACUGUUAGAUAUUAAUACAGUGUGCAUAUUUCACUUAUUAAAGGCUAACAUAAAGUAGUACUCA